GAUUCGCAGCCGUCAGUUGAGCGAGCUGUGCGGGCGAACUUCGCAGCGCGUCAUGUAACGGCAUCCUGUGCCGUCCCGUAAGAAGUAGCGUUCGCGCCGACUGUUCAUUGCCAUCCGUGAGAGUCGAAGCGACCAUGCGGUUCAACGAGAAAGAGAUGGCAACGCUCGCCGCUGGAGCUGCCGACAAAGAAGGCCGUCUGAACCACCGAAACUUGUCCUUCAGAGAAGUGUUCAAAGAACGGUGGUUCAAGUUGAAAGGGAACCUGCUGUUCUACUUCCGCUUGAAUGAACACGGGGGUGUGUUUGAGAAAGAGCCCGUGGGCCUCUUUGUCAUCGAAUGCUGCAAGGUUCAACACGAGCCAAACGUCGACUAUUCAUUCGCCUUUUCUAUAGCGUUCUUGGACGACGCGGACCGAAGGCACCUAUUCACGUGCACAACGCAGAAGCACUGUGAUGAGUGGGUGAGCUGCCUACAGCAGGCUAGCUAUGAAUACCAGAGGGGUCGCCUGCUCUACAUGCAGCAGAAGAUUUUGGAGCUCACAGGAAGGGACCCUUUGGCAGACUUUAUCAGUCGGCGAAAUGGCAAUGCUCCGGGGAGUGUACAGGCCAUCCAGAAGGCACCUGAAAGCAACAGCAGUGCUGCGGAUGCAAAAAAGAGGACCACAAUAUGGCACUGAUGGUGUGCCACGAGGUCACACUUCACUGUGGUCUCGCAUUGCCAUCACCAUCGUUCUCGGCGUCGCAUGAGUCACACGCUGUGUGAAGCAUGAUGACCCUGCUUCCACCAGUCAUCACGACUCUUCAUGGGUGAAGUGAAGCCGUGUUCGUGACUUUUAAUGUGAAAUGCUACAAUAUGUUUGUGUGUCUGUGCUGACGUCCCACCACUUGUGCCUACACAUCGCUCGUCUGAACCUUAUUAGGCUGCAAUGUGCGUGCUCUUCAACUCGGUAACCCUGUUGAUUGUUUCUAAUAUACUAGGUAGCAUCAAAUAUUUCAUGGUGCACCUUAUUAAUGCCACUUGCCAAGUUUGGUUGUUGAUAGCAGUGCAGAUUUCAUGGAAUAAAUAGGCUAUGCAGCGAGCGGGGCACCUAGGGGCCUACCUUAUGCACAGAGUGAUGAAGCGGUGCGCCAAAGAUGUGUUCACUUACGUUCUGUUUUGCUUUCGUUAGUUGAAUUCAGUUACCCAGGUCAAGUAAUGUAUAACCAUUUGCUGAGCACAGCUUCCUGUUUGCUGAAUGCUGAAAAGCGUCUUGACAUUUUCAUCUCAGUCAUCAAUGUCAACUCAUUUUUCAUAGUUAAGAUAGGAAUAGGUACACAAGAAAGAGUAGGAAUGGAAGUAUCUAUCGCUUUUAUGCAACUGUGGAAGAGUGAUAAACUGUUUCUGGUUGACAGCUGCCAGCACAAGUCAUGUAGACUAUGGCAUGAAAAGAAUCAAAUGACAAUCUUGAUGGUUCAGUGGGCCCCUCUUGUAGCUGUAGGCUCUCUGGUCAUUAACGUCGAGCUUAUCAAUACUAGGUUUUCUUCUUAAUUAGACCUACUUGAUAUAGCAAAGCAGCCAAUUUAGUAAUGCUUCUAGUGUUCUCUUUCACCAAGCAGCGUCACAUUAGUGGAAAAUCCAGUGAGAGCAAUAAAACUAUUGCUUUAGCAGAACAUAUCACCAUGACUGAUCCCAAGUUAUUUUAACUUUCACUGCUAUUGUCCAAAAUCUACAUUUGAACAUGUGAGCAUUAAAAAUAUCAAAGUUGGGCUGUGGAAAUGCACUCAAACCUUGAUAUAAUGAAAUAUCAGUGUAUAACGAUGUAGAUGAAGACUGGUCUAGCAGUAUAUAUAGUGUUAGGAGUAUACCUUUAUAACAAACUUAUGGAUAUAGCGAACUUUUGUAUUUAACAAGCUUGCUUUCAUGGAAGGUGCAACUUUGUUACAAUGAGGUUUGAUUGUACAGACUUUUAAGGCCAUAUAGGAAACUGUUAAAGUAGGUUUUGAGCACUGAAUAGUCAGUUUUAGAGUUAAUGUAAUUUGUUGUUUGCGUCCUGGUAUUCAUAACAUUAGCUUGAGGAGCACAAGAACAAAAUACACUUGGAACUCUUCAGAGUGUGCAAAUGAUGGUCGUGUAGUCAGCAAAACAUAACUGCAGGAAUGAGAUGUGCUGGCAUGAAAGUUAUACUUCUGCGUUUAUUCAGGGAUUCUUUCAGUGCAGUUCACAUCUUUAAAUGUUCUUAAACGCUUAACUUUUUGGUUUUUGAGUCUUUCCUUCUAAAAAGUUUAUUUUUUAACUUGAUGUUGUAUACUUUGCUUUUAAAAAGCAAGUUUUGAUUCAUAAAAACAAAAUGGAAGUGUAUAUCGAGUAAAAUGAGCAAAAUGAAGUUUCUUGUCCCAUGGCCUAUUAGUGUCUAUUGUGAUUUGUGAAAUGUUGUCAUGGCCGAGAAACUGGCAAAUAAUACACGUUAGGUCCACAAAGUAAACUUCGUUAUCUGCAUAAUGAGCACCUCAAGAGCUGUAGAGUGACUAGAAGCUUCUUUACUGCGACAAUGCAUGAGCAGCACGUGCACUGCCUUCACUGGACAACAUUGUCCAAGCAGAAGUCGCAGAAAAAUGUGUAAUAGCAGUUAAAAUACAGGAAAUUGCCAAGCACGUGCUGCCAUCUGUGAAGCAACUCACAAACUAGCCUAGAAAAACUGAGUCUCGUAUAUAAUGCUCAUAAGGGGAUAUCUGAAGAGAAUGAUCCCCGCUCGUCCAGAAUUGUUUGGGCACUGUUUGACAAGGUUGAUUAGCGCUCUUCCAAAACAGUCAAGGGGUUAAACUUCAAAGAAAAUGUUUGCUUGCGUGUAGCUGUUGUUUGAUUACAAAUUUUCAAAAUUCACACAGCUCUAGUCAAGAUUUAAUAAGCUGUAUAUGUGGGAUUUUAGUGAAACCAUUAUAAGGUGCUAGGGGCACAGAGGGGGAUCUGUGCAAGGAACAUAAUGAGGUAAAGGAUGUGAAUUGAAGCAAUUGAAACAUUCUAAACCUGAAAGGAAAAGUUGACCAGCUGUACGUUAAAUAUAAACUGGAAGUGUACCAUGCAUGGCCCUGCGGUCAACCAAAGGUGAUUAGGAUUGGAUUCAGAAGUAAAAUUAAGACUGAAUUUGGUAGACGAAAGUCUUUUAACUGCAGUUAAAUGUGACAUGGAAGUCGCAUGCAGGAAAAGAGAAGGGAAACUCAUGGGGUGGGGAGAAGUUCGAAGCGAUGUAAAAAAAGUCGGCAAACUGCAGAUUGACCUGCGACGGUAAAUUGGUGCGAUUUGGUGCCGGCACAUUUUUCUCUGAUUUGUCGGUGAAUCACCACACCUAAUGCAUUUCCCCAUUUACAUAUAUGCUAGAACUUUCUGGUAAUGUUUAACGAUUCCUAUAGCCAACUGCUGAACUACAAGUUUGCUCUCUAGCAAAAAGCGCAAUGCACGUGGUACAUUUGUUUGUCUUUCAUGUUUUUCACUCGGUUAUUGUGGCGAAGUUGAAGAACACUUCGGAGCUACUAUUGACAAGCUAUGUCCCUAACACGGGUAAACUCGCACCAUGUUUGGCCUUCUUCUUCUUUUCAUUGGGAAACUUUGUAGUUUAGUUCAUUCUCAUCACGCAGUAACGCACAGUUUCAUUUGAAUCACUCUGUAAUUUAAGCCAUGGUCACUGCGAAAUCAUUUCUUUUUGCAUUUUGGUACAAGACACACGAUUGAAAUUGGUUCUUUCCCAGAAGCGGCUUUAAUGGGACACUAAAGAAAAUGUCAAGCAAGAUCAGACUGAGCUCUUUCAGAAUCUUAUUUGCUGUGAGCCAUGAUAGCUUGUCAAUAUAAGGCUCAGUUUGAAAGUGCAGGUUCUUCCCUGUUCACAGCGGAGACGCUUCAGUAGGGGAGAUACAUUUAGAUGAACGUAAAAUACCUUGGUUGAUUAAAAUAUUCUGAAAUAUUUUACCAAAUAUGUCUCAUUAUCGUGCGGUGGUUAUGGUGGGUUAAACCCCAGAGUGUAACUUAAAAAUUUUGACCUUAUUUGCAUGUGCCAUUAAAAAGUUCACUUGCCAAGAAGGAGGUUUUAUCCUUUAUUAACACUGUGCCAAAGCCAUAGGGGUGAUCUUGUAUACUCAAGCCUCAUUAUAACGAAGUUACAUCUUUCACAAAAAAAUUUUGUUAUAUAUGAAAAUUCUUUAUAGAAGCAUAUUCCUGACACUAUAUUUAUGUCAAGAGUAUUAUUUGUUUACUUCAUAAUAAACAAUAUUUCAUUAUAUAUUUUGCACUGGAAAACGUCAAGAUGUUUGCUAUAAUAGCUGCUUGCUUUUCAAGGCGUUGUAUACACUUUGUUUAUCCACGAGUAGCCAACCUUGAGCAUGCCUUGUCAAGGUCCACAAACAUCACAUGGAUUUGGGGGGGCUGUCAACUGGUUCUUUGAUAGCUUUUGUGGCUUGCACUUGCAAUAGUUCAUAUUAUGGUCACACUAACUUGUACUAUAGUACACGUAAGUGUGACAUGACAGUUAACUUGCUAUUUCUCUCUAGUGUCCCUUUGAGGUAUUUUCAGCACCGGCUGACUGGUUCAAAUCUAGCGUGACCUCGUAUCGUAAGCGGCUUGGUCUCCAUCGUUUGGUCUCGUAUGCACCAUCAGUACAUUCCUGUAGGAAUGGCACUUCAAGUACCUGUAUCGCAGAAACCGACAUUUCACGACUUUGCUGUUGAGAAUCACUGUCUCCGUGGCAUUGCUGUGUGAAUAUGUAUUUCGUGCCUUUGUUGCCACAUGCCUCAUAGAAGCACUUGUGGUGAUCACUAGUUGCAGUGUGUCCCAAAUAUAGCAUUCUCACUACCACAGUCAUUGUACAUGUAGUGUACUCUGAGGCGAAAGCUAGCUAGAUGACACAAAUGAAUGAUGCGCACAGAAGGCACUGAUCACACUUUGCAGAAUGCUUGUGUACUAGAAACUUAAGAUGUUAGGCAUAAAAAUGGCCUUGUAGCAUAACACACACGAGAGAGAUACACAAAAUGCCUACGUCUUCUGUGUGCCUCCUUUUCUCUGCGUAUGCUGAACCAGUGUCCAGUUUUUUUUUCCUAACAUCGUAUUCUGUUUGCCACAUAUUGAAAAUAUAAGGAGGCUUUUUCUUGAUAGACUUGACUACACCGAAGAAAGCAAAGCUGUAAAUAGCAGCGAAUGCAGGCUCAUCCAUUAGAUUGUCUUGACAUGAGUUUGAAGACCUUGCAAAAAAUAGGUGUGAUCCUGACGUGUUCUUCUCGAUAAAAUGUUAUCAAUAGUUUCACAUUCUAUUGUAGUAAAUGUGAAGCACAAUUUUCUUGCCUUCUCAGUUUGUUAGUACGAAGGGCAUCGCUAAAUAGGAAAAAAAAAAAAA